AUGGGUUCCGGCGCAAGCAAAACAUCGGAAGCACCGAAGGUCAUCCAUUCUGCUCCUACUCCAGUCAGGACCAGCUCUGGCGGAAGCGUGUCCAGAACCGCGGACGAUGCGCCAAAAGGUGACGUCCCCAAAAUUAGCCAGCGAAGCGAAGUUUCCACGGCUGGUGAUGGCGCGCUUCCAGAACAUUGGUAUCACUCCAAGACCGCAGAUCCUGCGGAUGGCCGUUCGUUUGAUGACAUGUUCUAUGCUCCAGAGACAGAUCACGCAGCGUUUGAGGAGAUGUUUGCAGCGUCAUACGUAGCAAAAUCUACGCAAGAUCGCCCUUGUCCUUCUGCAACACAUGGCAAGACGCCAGGUGGUUGUCCUUGCGUUCAGCCUGGUGCUGAUCCUGGGCUUCCCACACAGUACCGCGUACGUCGUGUGAUCCGGGUAGAGGCAUCCGAUAUUUGGCAAAGAUACGUGGCGAAGCGGAAUGAAAUCCGCGAGAGCCGCGAAAGCGAGGGCAUUCAGGAGUUUGACCCUCCUGUGCUAACGCGGUCCGUGGCCGAGAAAUAUCCCAGCAUUUUUUCUCCGCUGGACAGCUCCGUGAAUGAGGUCUAUGCUUUCCAUGGCACCUUCGUUCGAUAUGCCUUGUCCAUAGCUGAAAAUGACUUCAACAUCGAUCUUGCAGGCUCCAGUACUGGAACGCUGUAUGGUCGAGGUGCCUACCUUGGUGAGUCCAUCACAAAGGCGGAUGAGUAUGCCAAGGAUGAGCCUGACGGUUACUACGAUGGAGUGUUCUCUGUCCUCGUGUGCCGGCUAACCAUGGGCAAGCUGAAUUGCACAAAGGGCGACCCCAAAGCAGGCGAGCGGGUGAUGGCGGGAGAAUUCGACAGCACGUGUGGCACCCGCUUAUUCCGCGAGCUGGUUGUUUACGAUGCCGACCAGUGUUACCCAGAAUACCUUGUCCUUUAUCAGCGUGUAUAUGCCAAAGAUGAUGAAGGCGAUAUUGAACAGAUGCGGAAGCACAAAUUCUUCAUGCAAGUGCCGUUACAUUGGAGGAAUGUGGCCACCAAUCUGACCAAAACGCGAUUCAGCGAACCGUAUCCACUACCAGAUGCUGGCAAGAAUCACAUGCAAUGUUUGGUCAACCAGUCACGCGUGAAGCCCAGCCGGAGUGUCUAUGACAUUUGGCGGCUUGAAGAUGCUGAUCUUUGGGAAAAAUGGGUCGAGGUGAAAGCCAGCUUGCGGGAGCGUCUUUCGGAUGAAGACUUGAGCGAUUUGCCCCUGACUCUCAAGGUGAACUUGGUAGAGAGAGAUCUGCGAGCUCUGACUAAGCGCCCAUGCAAGUUCCUGAAGAAGGGCUGCAAAAAGGGCGACAAGUGCAGGUUCUCUCACAAUGAGUUUGCAGCAGACCUCGGGGAGGAGGGCUUAGCAGCUGGGCGGCGGCUGCCUGUAGAUGAACUUGACAAGCGGCUCCAUGAAGCUUUCCUUUGGAUGGCUUGUUCAAGCAAAGAGGAGGCGCAGGACAUAAGCAAAGGCACCAUGAAAGCCUCACGCAAGUACGGAUACGGCACCUGCUUCUACGAAAGCCUGGAUACGGCUCUCAAGCACGUCAGAUCACAGGAUGGCAUCAAGAUUGGCAUUCUUUGCCGGGUGAUCUGCGGGGCCCCAGGCGACAACCCAGACGAUGCGGACGACAAGGACUGUAUUGUCCUUAAGAUAGACGAUGACAAGCGCAAAGAAGUUCUUAUCAAGAACACGAGUGGUGUGUAUCCCGAAUAUUUCCUGGCUCUUUUUUCGCAAGAGGAUUUGGAUGCGGAGCAGGCAGGAGAGACGGCUUCCCACGGGUCCGAGAUCUCUGGAAGCCUUCCACUCCCCGGCAAUGCAGAGCCAGAAGCGCGUGGCAGUCCUGCUGGAAGUGAGCAUGUGGAGGAUGAGGAGGAAGAGGUGGAGGCAAGUGUGAGAUCAAGCCAUGCAGAUGACUUCUCCGACAAGGAGGAGGAGGAGGAGAAAGCCCACCGAGCAUCUGGUCUUGAUGAGACCUUUGUGGUCCUAUGGCAUGAGGGGGACAAAGACGUGAAAGCCAUGGAAUUCGAUAAUCUGGACGAUGCCAACGAUCGCUUUGACGAGCUUGAUGGCGGACCUUACGCUACGAUCCUGGUCCGUAGCCGCUUCGACGAGCUCAGGUACUAUGGAACUCGAGGCUGGGUCAUGGAGCAGAUGUAUGAGCACUGGAGCGAAAAUUAUGAGGACAGGGAAGAGGCGGAGCCUCCCUACUACAUCAUUGCGGCUAGUUUCCCUGGAGAGGUGUAUGGCGAACGCUACGAUUCUCUGGAGGAUGCGUAUGAUGAGAUGGAGGGAUUCGACCAACCCCUUAUCCUGGUUGACUCGAAGUUCAAGCGAAUCCACUCACGGUGGACGGGAGGGAGCAUGCCCUUCGAGAAAGUGAUUGGUGAGAUGAAGUCGUGGUUUGAGAUUAAUGCGGGUGAGUAG